AUGGAAGAGACUUCAAAGGUUCCGGUACCUGAGGUCGGUGCCGCUGCGCCUGACAUGGAUGUCUCCAAGCGCGACGCCGCCGGCGAUGUAGCCACGAGUGAGCCUCCAGCAAAGAAAGCCCGAGUGGAGGAACCCAACUCGAUUGCGCAAGAUAUGCGUGACAGAGGCAUUGCGCCAGUCAAGGCCGAGUACCGCAUCGAAACCGCUCCCAGGCCCCGUCCGACAAACGAGACGAGCCCUGAUGAUGCCGCCGAGGCUGCUCCUCGCGAUGCCCGCGAUGCUCGCGACGGUGGUGGCCAGAAGGAAAAGCCCAAGAAGAAGAAGAAGGGCCAAAACACUAACCGCAGCUAUGGCAAGUCCGACGAUGCCAAGGGCCUGUGCAGCACGAGAAUGUUUGCCAACGAGUUCUCUGCUGGUGAAUGUCAGUUCGGCGCGUCUUGCCGGUUCGAGCAUGACCUGCGUGUUUACUUGAAGGAGCACAAGCGCGAGGAUCUUCACACUUUCAACGACCUAUGCCCCAUCUAUGAAGCACUGGGUAAGUGCACUGCCGGCUGGAAAUGUCGUAUGGUCGGCUCCCACUCGACUGAAAGAGAGACCGAGGAUGGCAAGAAGGAAUUGAUCUUGUUGGAAGAUGCCGAGCGUGUGGAGAAGGCCCGACCCCGUCUGGCGCAUGCGACACCGGAAGGAGUUGUCAACAUCAUCCCCACAUCGGACAGAGUCUCUCUCACGAGAAAGAAGGAGAAGACGCCCCGAGCUGAUGCGUAUACCACAUGGGCCAACCAGGUGUCUGCGGAAUUGGAGAAGGCGAUCCACCAGCGAUCCACUAUUCGCGAGAAUGGCGAGGUUAUCGAACCAUCCGAGGCUGCAAAGAUCGAGGUUGAGGAGAACCGCGCUCAAUUCCUCGAGCCUCCUUUCAUGCCCUCCGAAAAGAGACGCAUCUAUUUUGGUCCGGAGACUCCCGUUCUGGCACCUUUGACCACCCAGGGUAACAUGCCGUUCCGACGACUCUGUGGAGACCUCGGUGCGCAAUUCAGCUACUCAGAGAUGGCGAUGAGUAUGCCUUUGAUCCAAGGUACCAAGUCUGAGUGGACCUUGUUGAAGGCCCACGAGUCCGAAAUGGCUCCGCCAUCUGUCAUUCCCGGAGGAAACAUUGUCCAGGGCUACGAUAACUCCAAGGAUUCUCGGUUCGGUGCUCAAAUCGCCGCCAACAAGCCGUGGCAAGCUCUCAAGGCCACCGAGGUGCUGUCUAAGUUCACACCAAACCUGCGUGUGAUCGACUUGAACUGCGGUUGUCCUAUCGAGCUGGUGUUCCGUGAAGGUGCUGGUUCAGCCCUGCUCGACCACCACUCCAAGUUGGAGAAGAUGAUCCGUGGCAUGAACGCCGUCUCCCAGGAAAUCCCUAUCACCGUCAAGAUCCGCAUGGGAACCAAGGACAACCAACCUACUGCCCAGAAACUGGUUGAGCGCAUGGUCCUCGGUGGAUACGAGUCAAACGUUCUCAACCUUGGCCCCCCUGGUGCCGCAGCAAUCACUCUGCACGGUCGUAGCAGACAGCAGCGUUACACCCGCCAGGCCGACUGGGGAUACAUCUCAGAGACUGCCGCUCUCAUCAAGAGACUCAAUGAGAAGAAGGACUCGCUCACAGACACCAUCCGUGAACCAGAUGAGCGCCACAUGCCUAACGGCGGUAAGACCUACUUCCUCGGAAACGGUGACUGCUACUCCCACGUCGACUACGAUGACCACGUCAACAACGGUGGUGUUGACUCCGUCAUGGUCGCUCGUGGAGCUCUGAUCAAGCCUUGGCUCUUCGAGGAAAUCCAGACUGGCCAGUACCUGGACAAGUCCGCCACUGAGCGUCUGGCUUACAUCGAGAAGUUUGCCAAGUAUGGUCUUGAGGCAUGGGGAUCUGACGAGCACGGUGUCGGAACCACUCGUCGCUUCUUGCUCGAAUGGCUGAGUUUCGCUUACCGCUACGUCCCCAUCGGACUGCUGGAGUAUCUUCCCCCCAACAUCCAGCACAGGCCCCCUGCUUGGCGCGGCCGCAACGAGCUGGAGACCCUUAUGGGCAGCGGUAACUACAAGGACUGGAUCAAGAUCACUGAGAUGUUCCUCGGCCCUGCUCACGAGAACUUCAAGUUCGAGCCCAAGCACAAGUCGAACUCUUAUGAUGCCGAGGCCGAAGGUUAA